UAGGACCGUUCCUGGCACGGGAAGCUCAACACCGGCAAUGCCGGGAGACACAGCAUUUAAAUUGGCCUGGAGCUAGCGCUGAUCAGAGGAUGGACGAGCUAGAUGCUUAUAACGAGACGACACCUCUCAGCAGCAAACCUGAGCAGUCACAUCAUGCGCCUCGAGAUCUACGACGAAGAUGAGGGCCCGAAAACAUGCCCUACUUCGAAGAUGGCGACGACGACACCGGGGCUCGAAAGUCUCGAUAUUUCUGGAUAUAUGGCAAGCAGUCUUUCCGACGCUCGCGCCCAGCAUCGACGAAACACAGUAGAUCGGAUUCAACCACGAAAUGACCCACGGCACGUGCAUUCCUGCCAAAAAUACAUCCCUAUGCUGGCCCAGUGUAUCUUCAGAGACGAGGUCGCGCAUAAGCUACAUGAAAUAAUCUUACUUGGACCGCGUUAAUUUACAACGAACCAUGAUACGAGUGUGAAGGACAGACCGGUAUAGAAGAAGGCUAGUUGUGGGGUUAUAAG